ACAAGAGUUAUGUUUACUUACUUUACCGAGUAAAAAAGAAGACAAUAUUCAUCAUUGCACCAAACAGCGUUUCGCAAGGGCGGAAUAAUUUGCUAUAUGGACACCGAAAAAGAUGUUUCGUCGCAAAAAUAUAAUCCGUUUGAUCAUAGAGAUGUAAAGAAACCGAAUUCAGAUAUACGGUCUUUGGCGAACUUGCUGAAGGCGUCGCUGGGAUCGGGCAUCCUCGCUAUUCCUCUGGCCUUCGCCAACGCAGGAUGGGGCGUCGGCAUUGUUGCAACUAUAAUUAUUGCUAUUAUAUGCGCACAUUGCGUUGAUAUUUUCGUGAGUGUGUCUAGAGGAUGCUGUGUGGCGCUGCAAAAACCUGUCCUUAAUUAUGCAGACACAUGUGAAGCAGCCUUCUCCAUUGGACCCAAAAGAUUUAGAUCACUUUCAAGAUUUGCUAAGUUGUUCGCGGAAUUUGCACUGCUAUUUACAUAUUUGGGUGUCUGCUGCAUAUUCACUGUAUUAAUAUCGGACUCGGUCAAACAGCUUCUUGACCAAUAUGUCCAGGCUUUUAUACUACCAGUCCAGUAUUAUUGUCUAAUAUUUUUGGUGCCUCUGAGUUUGCUGGUUCAAAUACGUUACCUAAAAUGGCUGGCUCCUUUCUCCCUGCUGGCUAACCUAUUGCUCGUGGCGGUUUUCUUCAUAUGCCUCUACUACAUCUUCAGAGAUCCAAUCGUUAUUAGCGACAAGAGGAUAACAGGAGAUAUUGCUAGGUUUCCUGCGUUUUUGUCCACAGUAAUAUUUGCGAUGGAAGGUAUAGGCGUGGUGAUGCCAGUUGAGAAUAACAUGAAGAAACCUCAGCACUUCCUGGGUUGUCCGGGGGUGAUGGUAAUCGCCAUGGGGUUUAUCACAGUACUGUACACCACCCUGGGCAUAUUCGGCUACUUCAGAUAUGGUGAAGCGCUCCGUGGUACCAUCACACUGAAUCUGCCUAUCGAUGAAUGGCCAGCUAUUUGUGGGAAAGUGUUCAUAGCGGUGUCCAUAUUCUUCACCUACCCUCUACAUUUCUACGUGGUAGUGGAUGUACUGACGCGAUACGUAGAGCCCCACGUCAAGGAGUCAUACAGGGAACUCACGCAGACGUUGCUGAGAAUCGCUAUCGUUUGGUUCUGUGGCGGCAUAGCGGUAGCUCUACCGAUGUUGGAGCAAAUCAUUAACAUCGUGGGAGCACUCUUCUAUUCUAUUUUGGGACUGAUCAUUCCGGGAGUUAUUGAAACUAUUUUCCGAUGGGAAAACCUCGGAAAAUAUAAGUGGGUGCUAUGGAAAAACAUACUUAUUGUGUUAUUCGGUUUUCUGUGUUUACUAUCCGGAUGUGCUGUGACGAUUAUGGAUAUUCUUAAGAACCUCAAGAAGAGUUGAUCGAUGUAAAACAAAACCAUUAAGUGUAAGAAUUAGUCUUAGUAAAUAAAUUAUUAAAUAGAAG